AAUUGAUAACGGUUGGUAGGUGCCGGUAAAAAUAUGGUGAGUAUUUGUUCAGUAUGGUUCAUGCGAUCGUACGGUUGGGCUUGCGUUUCCCUGAGAGUUCGUUUCAUUUUUUAAAAACCAAAACUAUGAAAUUAGGACCACAUCAGAAAAUAGCUAUUGGAUGGUAGGGCUAUAGUAGUUUCCCUAGGAAUAUAUAGCUUUGCACUAUCAAGAAAAUCUAUAGAAUCUAAAAGGUAUGAGACUAUGAAAGCAAGGCAGCGUAUGCGGACGACUAGUACCAUAGACGAAUAAUUACUUAAACUAUUUUAUAUUGAUUGUCUAUUUAAUUGACAAAGAAAAUAUGGCAACUCUACCGCAACUAGACGAAGAAAAAUUGAAAUUGGUACAAGAUUUGGAAAUAGAAAUGAUGUCCGAUAUGUACAAUCGUAUGACAUCUGCAUGCCAUAGAAAAUGUAUUCCACCAAAAUACAUUGAACCGGAAUUGGGAAAAGGAGAAUCAAUCUGUCUAGAUCGUUGCGUAGCGAAAUAUUUAGACGUUCACGAACGUAUAGGAAAGAAGCUCACACAAAUUUCUAUGCAAGAAGAUAAUUUUAUGAAAAACAAAGUAGCGGAACAACCAAAGACAAGUUAAAUUACGUGUCACGUACUUUUCACAGAAUGACGGUGCUAUAAUUAUUUAUAAUUUUUACUGAAUUUUCCAUUCUUCUGGAUGCAAACGGACGGCGCGUUGUCAUACUUUAACUGUUGUUUAAGUCGGAGCAUUAAGUUAUUGUAGUUCAUGCAUAUUAGGGUAAAGACAAAAAAAAGUACAACUCUGUAUUUAAUUACCAAAUUGUUGAAAUAAAGUUAUACUUUAGAAAUA